AUGACCAUAGGCCUGUAUGCCCUAUCUGGCUCGUUUGUUGCUGGCCGCAGGAGCGACGAAAAGACACUAAACAUCGUCGCCCAUCAAGAUGAUGACCUUCUGUUCCUCAAUCCCGAUGUGCUUAUAGACAUUGAAAGUGGGCGAAUGGUUCGGACGGUGUAUUUGACAGCUGGGGAUGCUGGCCUGGGUGCGGACUACUGGACAAGCCGUCAAGCCGGUGUUAUGGCUGCUUAUGCAGAAAUGGUGGAUGUCAGCAAUGACUGGGACGAGUCAGAUAUUGGCGUGCCGGGCAAGGAUAUCCCUCUAUAUACACUUAGAGACAACGACCAGGUUUCGAUAGCAUUUAUCCAUAUGCCCGAUGGAAAUAUGGAUGGGAGUGGCUUUGCGAGCACUGGCUAUGAAAGUAUGGAGAAGCUGUGGAAGUCGGAGAUUGGUGAAAUUGGCACCGUGGAUGAAUCUGGCACCAGGUAUACCCGGGAGGACCUAAUCAACACCCUUACUCAAAUGAUCAACGAGUAUGAUCCCGACUACAUGAAUGCGCAGAACUAUAUCGAUGACUUUGGCAGCGGUGAUCAUAGCGACCACACUGCCGGGGCCCUUUUUGCGAAUGAAGCAGCCGUCGCUUCUAUCUUUCCUGGAGCUGUCAUUGCCUACGAGGGAUACCCCAUGAAGGCCCUGCCUCCCAAUGUUUCUGGGGAGGACCUCGUGAAUAAAAAGGCUGCAUUUUACACCUACGGCGCGUAUGACUCGUCUGUAUGCACCAGCGACGAGUCUUGCGCUGGCACGGAAUACGAACUUUGGCUAGCCCGGGACUACCCCCGGAACUAA